AGAAGCAGAGCUUAGUGGGAAGGCAGCAGAGCCGCUGACUCGAGUGAAGGGACCCCGCGUGGUUGUUUCCACAGACCUCUCUCCUCUCACAGCUUAACCUGCGCCUUCUGAGACGGACUCGAACACUGGGAAUUGAGGCUUUUCUACAACCUACCUUUUCUUUUGAAACUCGUCUGAUUACCCAGCAGACCCUCUGGUGGAAAGGGGGGUUCUUAUUUCCCCCCCCCUCCGCGUUGGAGCGAGGAGUUUGGUGUGUUUUUUUUUUGUGUUUUACGCUUUGCUUGUCAUGGGAAAAAGUGGACAGAGAAGUGGAAUAGGACGCGGGAGUUGUUGCGGCUUGGUGAGGAUGUGCGCCACCGUGCCGGGGAUCCUUCUUCUCCUGGUGCUCGUACACGGAGGAGUCGCCCAAGUGAGAGAUGACGACGAUUUUCUGAGCCUCAGUGAACUCCCGGAAACCUUCCCCUCCGACCCUCCCGAGCCCUUGCCUCACUUCCUGUUUGAACCCGAGGAAGGCUACAUCGUCAAGAACAAGCCUGUCAAUCUGUACUGCAAAGCAACGCCCGCCACACAGAUCUACUUUAAGUGCAACAGCGAGUGGGUCCAUCAGAAAGACCACACUGUGGAGGAGAGGGUGGACGAGAACUCGGGUCUGGUGGUGAGAGAAGCAAGUAUAGAAAUCACACGACAGCAGGUGGAGGAGCUGUUCGGCCCUGAAGAUUAUUGGUGUCAGUGUGUCGCCUGGAGCUCCGCCGGAACCACCAAAAGCCGCAAAGCGCACGUCCGCAUUGCAUACCUGAAGAAGUCCUUCGAACAGGAGCCUCUGGGAAAGGAAGUGUCCCUGGAGCAGGAGGUGCUUUUACAGUGUCGUCCUCCGGAGGGCAUACCAGCUGCUGAGGUGGAGUGGCUGAAGAAUGAAGAGAUCAUCGACCCGGCAGAGGACAGAAACUUCUACAUCACCAUCGACCACAACCUGAUCAUCAAACAGGCCCGACUGUCCGACACCGCCAACUACACCUGUGUGGCUAAGAACAUCGUAGCCAAAAGACGGAGCACCACAGCCACUGUUAUAGUCUAUGUGAAUGGCGGUUGGUCAACGUGGACGGAGUGGUCGGUGUGUAACAGCCGAUGUGGGCGGGGCUUCCAAAAAAGAACCCGCAGCUGCACAAACCCCGCCCCUCUGAAUGGAGGACUUCCUUGUGAUGGAGUGGCCAUUCAGAAGCUGCCCUGCACCACACUGUGCACCGUGGACGGUGUGUGGACGGACUGGAGUAAGUGGUCAGCCUGUGGGACUGAGUGCACCCAGUGGAGGAGGAGGGAAUGCAACAACCCAGCACCUAAAAAUGGAGGAAAGGACUGUGAGGGGCUGGUGCUGCAGUCUCAGAACUGUACGGACGGACUCUGCAUGCAAAGUUCAUUUUUUCAGAAGUCCACUGAGCCCAAAGAAAAGAGUGAUUUGGGAAUCCCAUCUGCUCCGAGCACAGACGACGUAGCGCUCUACGUGGGCAUUGUCAUCGCAGUCAUCAUGUGUCUGGUCAUCUCCGUCAUCGUGGCACUUUUUGUCUACCGAAAGACCCACCGUGACUUUGACUCAGACAUCAUUGACACCUCGGCGCUGAACGGAGGCUUCCAGUCUGUUAAUAUAAAAACCGCCAGAUCAGCUGAUCUCCUCACUGCGCCUCCAGACUUGACAAAUGCAGCUGCCAUGUACCGCGGCCCCGUGUACGCCCUCCAUGAUGUUUCAGAUAAAAUCCCGAUGACCAACUCCCCUCUCCUGGACCCUCUGCCCAACUUGAAGAUCAAAGUCUACAACUCCUCAGGCCUGGUGACACCGCAGGACGACCUUGGGGGAGACUUCACAUCCAAACUGUCUCCUAAGGUUACUCAGUCUCUGUUGGACAACAGCGACACCAUGAACCUUCGCAACCAGAGUCUGGCUCGAACACGGGACCCCUCAUGUACUGCUCAUGGAUCCUUCAACAACCAGGGAGGACACCUCAUUGUACCAAACUCUGGGGUGAGCUUGUUGGUUCCUGCGGGUGCCGUUCCUCAGGGCCGGGUGUACGAGAUGUAUGUGACUGUGCACAGGAAGGACAGCUUGAGACCCCCAGUAGAAGACAUCCAGACCGUGCUGAGCCCUGUGGUGAGUUGUGGGCCUGCAGGAGCCCUGCUGACCAGACCAGUGAUCCUCACCAUCCACCACUGUGCUGACAAUGUGCAGGAAGACUGGCUCAUACAGCUGAAGAACCAGUUGGCCAUGGGAGAGUGGGAGGACGUGGUUGUCGUAGGAGAGGAGAACUUCACCACCCCCUGCUAUGUGCAGAUGGACUCUGAGGCAUGUCACAUCCUAACGGAGACACUGGGGACGUACUGCCUGGUGGGACAGUCCAUCUGCAAGGCAGCUGCCAAGAGGCUCAAGCUGGCGGUCUUCGGACCAGUCUCCUGCACAACUUUGGACUAUCACAUCAGGGUCUACUGCCUGGACGACACACAGGACGCACUGAAGGAGGUUCUUCAGAUGGAGACCCAGAUGGGAGGGAAGCUUCUGGAUGAGCCAAAGACUCUGAACUUUAAAGACAGCACACACAAUCUGAGACUGUCGAUCCAUGAUGUUCCGCACACACACUGGAAGAGCAAACUCAUCGCCAAGUAUCAGGAGAUCCCGUUCUACCAGGUGUGGAGCGGCAGUCAGAGAAGUCUUCAUUGCACCUUCACCUUGGAGAGACUGAGCCAAGCCACCAUGGAGCUCAGCUGCAAGCUUUGUGUACGGCAGGUGGAGGGAGAGGGGCAGAUCUUUCAGCUCAGCAACACACUGGAGGAGGAGGUCCAGUGCAUAGACACGUCCCUAAUGGAUCCUGCCAGUAACAUCACGACUUUAGUGGGACCCCAUGCCUUCCGCAUUCCUUUAUCCAUCAGACAGAAGCUGUGUGGCAGUCUAGAUGCACCGCAGACAAGAGGCAACGACUGGAGGAUGCUGGCCCACAAACUCAACCUUGACAGGUACCUGAACUACUUUGCCACCAAGUCGAGUCCAACAGGUGUGAUCCUGGACCUGUGGGAGGCUCAGCACUUCCCUGACGGAGACCUGAAUGAGCUGGCCGCUGUGCUGGAAGAGAUGGGUCGCUAUGACAGUAGCCUCGCCUCCAUGACAGCAGAACACUGACAAAGAAGAUGACGAUUACAGAACUCUGGAGAAAAUUACAUGAGAACUCUCUUCAGUCGACGCUGCAGCGAGGACGAAGGACAAAAUAAGAAGUUGACAACAUCUUUAAAUGUCGUGGUUACCAUUCCGAUGAGACGAACUCACGCUGGUGUCCAAACUAUGUCUGUAUCUGUGUUUAUUUGAGAUAUCUGCAGUGUCGUCUGUGACCAGAGAGAGAAACCCAACCUACAAACCGAGUCGAUCAGGAACAAACCAAUCAUGAAACGCCUAAAAAACAGACCUUGUUAAGUGUAACGCUAUCUGUUCUCCUGCUGUUACUUUAAAAUGAGCAAAGCAGAUGAAGAAAACAGAGGUACUGACCUUGGAAACCUCUAUAGGAACGAAAGAGAGUGAUGGAGAGAGAAGAGAUAAAGUGAUUACGGGGGAGUGGGAGAAGGUAAAGUGAGGAUAAAAAGAGAGAGUGAGUUAGAUCUGCUUUAGUCAGACGAGAGCAAACAGAGGGAGAAGCUAAACUGAUUACAAGAGGGAGGGAGGACGUAAACAUAAAAUGAUGGAAGGAGCCGCAGGUGAUGAUCUGUGCGAACAGGAUGGAAAAGAGAUAAUGAGAGAGGAGAGAUAAAGAUGUAAUCCCUUUCUCCUCCUGCGAGCCUUGGCUGUACGUGUCUGCCAGUACAGUUUGUUGUCUUUAAAUCGUUUCCUAGGGAACACUCUAUGUAUUCUGCUGUCCAUAUGUGUGGAUCAUUUCCUGCUUACAGUCUGCUAGACAGUGAGAGUUAAUCAACCAUCCUGACCAGAAACAAGCCCCACACUAUGGUUUCUAUUUUUAUAUAACACAAGCAGGGCUUUUUAAUUUCUUUUUUUAUCAUAUACAGUUCAUUCAGAGAGUAUUCAGUCCACCUUAUAUUUUGUCUAAUUAAUCUACACUUUGUACCCCAUGAUGACCAAGUAAAAAUUGAAUUUUUGGACAACUUAAAAAAGUAAAUAUAUAUCACCUCGGGUCUUUUUGAAUAUGAUGCAACAAGCUUUGCACACCUGUCCGUGGGAUUUUCUGCCGUUCUUCUUUGCAAAUCCUCUCAAACUCAGUCAGGUUGGAUGGGGGCUGUCACUGGACAGCCUUUUUCAGAUCUCUCCAGCGAUGUGCAAUAUAGGGUUUAAGUCAGGGCUCUGGCUUGGCCACUCUAGGACAUUCACAGACUUGUCCCUAAGCCACUCCUAUGUUGUCGUGGCUGAGUCUUUUGGGCCACUGAAGGUGAACCUUCGGCUCUGAGAACUGCAGGACAGGUUAACUCCUCACAUUGUUCCCUGACCAUCUCCCAGUCCCUGUUUAAAAAAAAAAAAAAAAAAAAAAAAAAAAAACACGCCCACAGCAUGAUUCUGCCACUACCAUGCUUCACUGUUGAGAUGGUCAGAGAGGCCAAACAGUUCAAUCUUGGUUUCAUCAGACCAGAGAAUCUUGUUUCUCACAGUCUGAAAGUUCUUGAAGUGCUUUUUUGCAAACUCCUUUCAUGUGUUUUGCACUGAGAAGAGGCUCUUGUCUAUCCACUCUGCCAGAUCAAUGAAGGGCUGCAGUGAUGGUUGUCCUUCUAGAACUUUGUCCCAUCUCCAAACUGGAGCUCAAUCAGAGUGGCCAUCAUGUUCUAGGUCACCUCUCCUACUAUGGCCCUUCUUACCUGAUUGCUCAGUUUGACCUGGUGACCAGCUCAUGGAUGAGUCCUGGUUGUGUUAAUUUGCUAUGAUGUGUAUUGCAAGCUGUGAGGCCUUCUAUAGAGGCGCGUGCCUUUCCAAAUCAUGUCCAAUUAUUUUAAUUGACCACAGGUGAACUCCAAUCAAGGUGGACAAACAUCACAGCAAAAAUUGAGAGAAAUGGGAGGCACCUGAGCUAAAUUACAAGUAUUGUUGCAAAGGGUCUGAAUUUUUACGUCAAUUUGAUAUCUCAGGUUUUUCUUUUUUAAAGAAAAAUGAAUUAAAAUUUUUGUAGCAUCAGGCUGCAACAUAAAAAUGAAAAAAAAUGAAAGGGGUCUGAAUACUUUCUGAAUGCACUGUAGUCACUUUAUAGAUUGUCUCAGAAAUAUAGAUAUUAAAUAGUCCAUGUCAUGUUGCAGCUCAAAAUACAAAGUCAGGGGGAGCUGAGCUUGUCGUCCACUUGCCUUUAACUUGUGCCUUUUAAAUUUGCUGAACCAUAACAGGUCGAACUCUCUCAGAAACGAAAAAUACAAAUUUCAUUUGACUUAAAAAGUGAUUAAAAGUCUACAUAAGUAUGUGGACAACAUGCAUUUGCACAUGAUAAAAGUGUAGUUUUGGAAGAAAAGAUGUGAACACUUUAAAAUAUCUACACACUGUUAGCAUUAAUAAAGCACUGGUAAAGCAUGACAGCAGCACUGGUAAGUCUUACAGCAGUGAUUCCCAAAGUGUGGCCCAUGCCCCCUUAGGGGGGAACCACAGCUAUGGCGGGGGGGCUGGAUAAAAGAUAAUGCACAUCAUUCUGCACUGCUAGACAAAAUAUGAUAAACUUGUUAGAGGACUUCCAUGUAAUCAUUAAGGCUAACAGUGAAUCUGGGGGCUUGAAAAUAUUUUCAUCUGCUGAAAGGAUCCUGGCAGAUAACAUUUAGGAACCACUGGAUUGUGGAAAUAAUAAUCAAUACAUUAUUGACAUGAAAUGCUUUAUUGAUAUAGCAGUAGUGACAAAACUUAAUCCAGUGGUUCCUAAACUUUCCCUCCUCCCCCACUUUUGUCUUAAGUGAUAAACUGUGGUCAAACAUAAGCAUCAGUUUUAAUUGUUUUCAUUGCGUAAAUCCUGGCAGAGUCCUCCACACGAGUGCUUAGCACAAGGCAUUUAUAUAAGCUAUACAUCAGCGUUUCAGCAUUAUUUUAGCUUUUAAUGUGAAAAUGUAAUUCUGACAACCUCAGAGCAAACAUGGCCUCACACCCCCUUACAUCUCUGCAAUGCCCUAACCUUUACCAGAAUCCUAAAGAAACUCUGUACAAAUGCUUUACUAAUAUUUACUUAUUUUAGUCAAUUAUUUAAUAAUGCCUUAUUAAUAAGGUAUCUAUUUAGUAAUACAAAAAAAUGUAUUUUGAAAAAUUUUGUUUAAAAAUGUUUUAAAUGAUGAGUUAACUAUUUGCUUAUGCUUUUCAUGUGCAAAUCAAAUUUUAACAACUUUGGAGCAGAUAUUGUCUCACGGCCCCCAGAGAUCUCUGGUGCCUCCGAGGAGAAUUUUGGACCUGCAGUCAGGAACCAAUGUCCUAACCCUUACCCAUACCAUAACCUUACCCCUUUAAAGUCCCUAUAAAGUGAAAUGCCAAAUUAGCAUCUGAACACACUAGAUAUGUGGAAAUAAGGUAGCUGUAAAUGUGAAACACUGAGAUCUAUGUGUGAGUAGUUUGGUUUUAUUAGAGC